CUGUUGCAUGCCGGUCGCGCUCGCGCGGAGACGCCGGUAGCGUUGUCCUGCCGGUGUCCUUGCCUGCGAGGAGGCUUCCUUCCUAGUCGGCGGGCGAUGUCCUGAGCCUCGUCGGCCUAGGGCGCGUUCACGGACCCGCAGCAGCCGAUCACAGCUUUCGUGAAGAGCCCGCGGGCCGAUGACGCUGGCGGCGGGAAUGGGCGGCAGGCUGCGCUCGGCGCCGCCCCCGACCUCCCCCUGGCGGCUGGCGGCGGGCCCGCCCUCGCUGCCCGCCCCCAGGCACCCGGAGACGGAGGAGGAGUACCAGGCGCUGUACCAGGACCGCAUCUUCCUGGCGCAGUCGCAGCAGAUCUUCCCCAUGAAGGAGGACCUGGCCGACUGGAUCAACAAGGCGCUCGGUAUCGAGUACCUGACCGGGGAGAACUUCCUGGACAUGCUGGACAACGGAGUGCUGGUAUGCCAGUUGGCCAGGGUUAUACAAGAGAGGGCGCACCAGGCGGUCAGCGCCGGGACCACUCCCGGGCCGGUGCCCACGAUAGCGCGGCGACUCUGGAGCACCGCCAGCAGAGGCAGCUUCUUCGCGCGGGACAACAUGGACAACUUCAUACAGUUCUGCCAGAGACUGGGCGUGCACCCCAACUUGCUCUUCGAGAGCGAUGACCUGGUGCUGCAGAACCGGCCGCGCAGCGUGGUGCUGUGCCUGCUGGAGGUGGCGCGCAUCGCGGCGGCGCGCUAUGCCGUCGAGCCGCCGGGGCUGGUGCAGCUCGAGAAGGAGAUCGCCGCUGAGGAGGAGGAGUCGGCCGCCAACUACCACUCCGACUCGGGCCUGUCGCACAGCUCCUUCAUGUCCUGGCAGUUCCAGCCGUCGCCCGCCGUCACGCCGCGCCACGACAGGAUGCGCCACAGCAGCUCGUCGUCGGCCAUCGGCAGCGCGGGCCGGCAGGGGCGCGCCCCGGUGGCGCGGCCGCGCAGCAGCGACCGGCGCAGCCUGGUGCUGACGGGGGCGGAGCGCCGGCAGAACGGGGCCGGGCGCGAGCAGGAACCGCGCCGCCCGGCCAGCGAGGGCGACGCCGCGCCCAACGGGGGCGGAGCGGCGAGCGACGGCGCGCCCAGCGACACGCUCGAGGACGACUGGUCGCGCGCCAGCAGCGAGGAGCCAGAGCCGGAGACCGACGAGGAGCCCAGCGAGCUGGACCGCAGGGUGCAGCAGGCGACUCGCACGGCUCAGCGCCAGUGCCAGUGCCCCACCAGCCAGUGCCGCAAGCUCAAGGUCAGGAAGGUCGGCGAGGGCAAGUACAACAUCGCGGGAAGGAACGUCUUCAUUCGCCUGCUGAAGGGGCGCCACAUGAUGGUGCGAGUGGGCGGCGGCUGGGACACGCUGGAACACUUCCUGCUGCGCCACGACCCGUGCCAGGUGAAGGUCGUGCCGCGCGACAAGUCUGCCUCCCCCUACCUGCACAUCCAGGCCAAGUACCGCAGCCCCCCGCCCGCCGACCACGUGGGGCGCUAGCUGGCGCGUCCGCGCACCCCCUUCCACCUCCCGGUCCCCCCGGCACGCCUACAACCACGCGCCAGUGUCGCCCGCACGGACCACUUCGCACUGCUGCUCGUCUGCACGACCCUCUCAGUUCUCGGUCAGUCAUUUGUUCCGGUGUCUUCUGGACUGAGGGGCGCAACAACAGGGGGGGGGGGGGGGGGGCAAGGGGUAUUUUGCCCCCCCUCCUCUGAAACCUUGGAAGUAGGGGCAAACGGGUGCAAACACGGUGCUGUGUAAUCAAUUUUUAGAUGAUAAAACUGCUUAAAUAGCACCAUUUUCCAACCUUGAAAUACAAAUUUUUGUCGGCGGAAGACACCCCGGACCCCCCUCCCCCCCGCUUCAAUAGGGGGGGGGGGAUCGUUGAUUCUUUAUAAAAAAGGUAUGUUGCCCCCCCCCCCCCCCCCCCCCCCUUGGAAAUUUAGUUGUUGCGCCCCUGCUUCUGUUCAAUCUCACCUUCUGUGGAAUCGUACUACUAAAAGCGUUGGAUAGUGUGAAGCUAUUUUCAGCCUUUUUUUUUUUUUUUUUUUUUUAAACAACCAGCAUAAAAAUGUUUGUAAAAUAAAGAAAAUUUAUGCUAACCUCACACGGGGCUGCAGAGAAGUGGAGUAGAAUUGCAGUAAAGUGUGAAACUGGAGGGUGUGCAUUUUCUAUCGGUUCAGAGAGGAUGUUGUUGUCGGACAUGUGGGCAUCCAAUGACUUGCCUGAGAUGAACAUAUGCUUAUCACAGAGUUAAGUCGCGAAACGAGAAGGCCUCCGGCUGGAGUUGAUCCAGCAAGACUUACCGGCAGCUGCAAGAUGUCGCCAGCUCUCACUCAGACCGUACGAGGAGUCAGACUCUAGUGCCGAGUAGUAGUCGCGUUGUGCUUGGAGCGGGUAACUUGCGUCUUGCUCGUGAUGUCGCGAGUGGUUGAAAUGCUUGCCGUUGAUCGAUGGUCCGUGCAUCUUCCGCGGGCAAGCUUUGAUGCACCAUUGAAACAGUUUGCCAGCAGACAACGCAUUUUAAUUAUGUUUACAGUUUCAUGUCCUUUUUCUGCAUCUAGUUAAGAAGUUUCCCUUAAAAUGUCCAUUUAAAUUUUCUUGGCACAAUUUUAAUUUGAAAAAGUUUACCAUUCUUAUGGUGAUCAACUAUGAAAAAAAAAAAA